AUGGAGCCCCUGCGGAGGCUCCACGAGGCCGCCGUCCGGCUUCUGCUAUGCGGACCCUGGGCCUCAGCCUCCGCUUCCGGCCCAAAGCCCCGCGCCUCGGAGGUGCUGACGUUGCACCUGCAGCAGCGGCGCCUGCCGCACUGGACCUCCUUCUGCGUCCCCUACAGCGCCGUCCGCAACGACCAGUUUGGCCUCUCGCACUUCAACUGGCCGGUGCAGGGCGCCAACUACCACGUCCUGCGCACCGGCUGUUUCCCCUUCAUCAAGUACCACUGCUCCAAAGCCCCCUGGCAGGACCUCGCCGGGCAGAAUCGGUUCUUCACGGUGCUCAAGGUCAUCAACCUCGGAAUUCCAACUUUAUUGUAUGGACUUGGCUCCUGGCUAUUUGCGAGAGUCACAGAAACUGUGCAUACCACUUAUGGACCAAUAACAGUUUAUUUUCUAAAUAAAGAAGAUGAAGGUGCCAUGUAUUGA